UGUGCGCCGCAGUAUUGGUCGAUCCCGCUUCGCCAACGGCUAACGGCAACGACCAGCGACUUUACUUCUACCAUUAUUAUAUUAUACCAUCGAGCACGUUCGUACAUGUCCGUUCGUUAAUAAUUAUAAUAAUUAACAAUUCGUAGAAAUGAUAUUUGUUUUAAAUAAUAGCAGCAACCAGGAUUUAAAAUAACCGCGGAUCCAGUUAUUUUUAAAUAGUAAUGUGCAAUUAAGUGGCGAUUAAUAACUAAAAAAUAGUGACGCGGUAAGCUACAUUUUUUAAGCUCUUCAAGUCUAGCUGCCGUCUCUGUCUAUCGUCAGCGAGUGUCCGGGGGGAACAAGGACCGAGUUCCGCCGCUGGAGUCGGCUAGAGUGAGACACCCCGUGCAAUAGGAGGGAACAAGAGGUAUCGUAACAGCGUCAGUACUGCGAAAAGCACCAGCUAAAGCAGGAGUAAGCGACCAAGUAGCAGCAGCAGCGUCGCCGUACCGAGUUUUAAGCGAAUAUAAUACACGCUCAAUUCUUCCCACCGUGCGCGGUACGUUACGUGUCCCCGUCGUGACCGCUUGGGUGUGACGGAAUAGUCUAGCGUUUUUUAUUUUUUAUUUCUCUUUUAUUUUUUGAUCAGGACCGGGUUACUUGGGAGAGUUGAAAUAAUCAGCGCGUAGAUAAACGCCCUCGUCGACACUAGUCAGUUUAAAAUCGAUGAAAAUAAUACGUAAUUGUUGACAAUAGUGCAGAGGAAAAUGAUUAUCCAGGAACUGAGGAGGACUAUAGACACAACUUAACUGGCAGAGAGUAUCCGAGUGCGUGGUAGUGUGUUAAGUGGGCUGUAAAAUAAAAUAAAAGUUUUAAAGUAACUGAAUCAGCGGUAGCAGUAGCAGCAGCAGUCAGGAAGAAUAAUAAGAUUGGGAGGGCACACGAGGGUAGAGCGAGUAAUGGAUGAAUGGGAGUAAGCACGGCGCCUGAACAGCACAGGCGCGGGUUUAGGUACCGGUGGGAGCCUCUGGAUGUCGAGGCAGUGGCACCAGCUGCGUCAGUGGCAGUGAUGGCCCCUGCUCUGACGGAAGGUGGUCCUCAAAAGCCUGCCGAUUUAAUAAACCCCUUACCGGCUAGUGGAUUUUUAUCUUCGGAGCAGGCUGCGCAGUUUUUUAAAAUUCAGGUCUGCCAGAAUCGUGAGGUCUUGGCGAAAUUCGUAGUGUCAGCGAACGUACAGCCGAGCAAGAUUGACGAGCAGUGCCUGCGCGGCAUAUCCAAAGAUCUAAUACGCGAUGUCAUUAAUUCACAAUACGUUAGUAAAUUUGGAAGCUUGUCGAUGUUUACCAAUGGUACUGACUUGAUAGCACCGCGUGAUAACAACAAAGAUUACAACGACGACCAGAAAAUUAAAUUUAACGAAUUGGAGGAGGAGGAGGCGGCAGCGGAGGAAGAAGGAGAAGGAAAAGGAGGAGGAAGAGGAAGAAGAACAAGAGGGAGAACGACGGAGAAAGGUCACGUGGCCAAGAAGCAGCAGCACUCGGUGAUGCCGAACUGCAACCAACCCAAGAAGAUCGACAUUAUAAUGAGUGAUCCUUCUUCUACUGCUGCUAGUGCUGCUGAUGAUGCAAAUAUUGAUGCUAAUCCUGGUACUCAUCAGACCGACGAGCAAAUGGGGUUUUUAAAAGCAAACGAUGCCGACGUCUCGAUGGUUGUCGAUGACGAACUACCUGCAGACGUCAAGGACCUCGACAUGACGCGGAUGAUGGAGUUGAACACCGAGCUGCCGGUGAACGUUGUCGGCGACAUUGGCAAUGAUGUUGGUGACAUCGGGCACAAUGUCGAUGACAUUCUUCAGGUGAUCAAGUCAAUGGAGGGCGCCGACCAGUCCAUCGAAGACCCUGCGGACGCCAUCAUACCCACCGAGUCCAGUGAAACCGGAGUCCCCUGUCCCGAGAUAUUCCCCAUCUCCGAGACAGCCCUCGCGUCGUUCAGCAGCGAAAUGUUCACCGAAGAAGUAAUGAAUCUCGUCAGCGACAACAUUGGGAUGAAUUUAAAUAUGAAUAUUGUCGAGUCCUCUGAGGGUCAACGCACCAUCAACCUCCCGGUGCAGCAGGACACCGUCGAGCACAGACAGUACGAGUUGGAAAGACGAUCGGCCUUUUUACUGAGACGUCUACGCAAACUCCAGACGAAGUUCGUCGGGCGUCAUGCUGCUGAAGAGACCAUCGGUGUUUUGGAGCAGGCUCACCACAGCGUUAAAAAAUAUUUCCAACAGGAGUUGUCGGCCUUGGCGCCCAAAGGCACGCAACUUAAAAACUUUCCUGAAAUCGGCGGGACUCUCAACUCGUUCAUACAAAAAAUAGAAAAGUCUUAUUCCGCACAGAGCAACAGUGUCAGCCGUCAACGUGGUUACUGUCGAUACUUUGGAGGCGGCUCGCGUGAUAAUGCUACUAGUAUUAGUGUAGUAGGUGGUAGCGGUGUCAGUGGUACUGGUGUUAAUAGUAGUGUUGGUGGUAGUGGUAUCGGUAGCGCCAGUGGCUCUAAUACAAGACAUCCAUUGUUCGGCACAGCCCAAGUUACUGUUGAUAAAGACGAAGUGGAAAAUGUCGCCGGUUCUCUGGCCACUCAGCUCCACACAAUCGAAACAAAUUUCGAUUCCGACUGCACCGUGUCCAGCAGCGGUGGGGAGAGCUGUGAUGAAAUGCAGACAUUCAAUAAUCCCCAUCAGCAGCAGUUACCCAUAUCCAAAAGAGCGUCGUGGAGAUACUCCCAGGACAGGGCGGGAAUAGCGUCGAGGUGGACGUGGUUGAAUGCACAAAUAUCUGAUUUCGAGUACCGCAUCCGCCAGCACAAUGACUUGCAGCGGCAGGUCAGGGCGAACAAGGGUCAGGUGGUGCUGGAAGGCGCUGAGACAGUCAAUGGGUACAGUGGCGUGCUGCCGGGUUCAUUGAACCGUUACAAUUUACCUGAGGCCGAGCAACAAUCGGCGAGGACACGGCCCUUUGUCUCAGAGAGCUACAGGAAACGUAAACUGUUUCGCAUUGACGGCCUGCAUGAGUUGUCUAAGCGCGCGGCGAGACCCUCCACGGUGAGGUGCGACUGCGAGCACGUGUUGGCUCCAUGCGCACUCUGCACUGGUCGGGUCGAUCCGAUGCAGCCUCAGGAACCCUUCGACCAGCUCUCGGUCUCCGAGAGAAUCGCUAUGGUGGAUCCUUGCUAUCAUCCGGUUCUUUCAUUCCCCGAUGAGGUUCAGCACAGCACCCACUUGGAUGCGAUCAUGAAGACGACGGAUUGGCAGCAGAAAAUGCUGAGGGGCAGCACCAGGAUACCCAGGAUCAAAGACAAGGACACGAUUGAGAGGAGGAACAAACCGAAAUUACCACCUGAGCAUGUUAAGCCCAAUAAAUAUAAUACCCAGAGAAUUAAGAAGAACUCCUCGGGGACGAUAAUAACCGCGAAGAUAAAGAAGAAAGUGUUGAAGGGUAAACGUGAGAGACUGAGCAACAGUGGCACUGCUGGUGGUAAUCCAGGGCCAGGUGGUAAAAAUUCAAUUGGAUUAACCAGGAAAAAAGUUAACAAAUUGUCCCAACACAAUGACGAUGAGGAUGACGUUAGUGCGCAAUCGAGUUCUAGCAAACAUUCCUCUCCAGUGCCUUCACCUUUGCAGCAUCAUGCUGAGAAAGUUACUGUUAAAGAAAAAACUUCUAGUUCUCAUGGUCGAACGCGACAGCAGUCUUUUGAUAUUGACAAUAUUGUCAUACCUUACAGCGUUGCAGCGGCGACUAGAGUAGAGAAACUUCCUUAUAAAGAAAUAUUAACACCAAAGUGGAGGAUUUGUGAUGAUAUUACCAAAACUGAUGUCAAAAACGGUGUCAUGCACAGGCCUAGUCAAGACAGUGAUGUUGAAGAUGUAUCAGAUGAAACAAUAGCUCUAAGACACGAGCGUAGUGAGCGUGAAGAAAAUAGACGAUUUAUGACUUAUUUAAAUAUGGUUCCACAAAAUCGUCUCCGUCAUAGUCGUAGGACUGAUAGUAGAGCUGACAGUGGUGCCAAUACUCCAGAUCCAAUGUCGCCGCAUCCCAGCGAACUUGGAGACGUAACGUCACCACUGACAUCACCACCAGCGACGCCGAUGAGUGCUCAUGACACCGAGCAUCAUAACACACUAGACAGUCAUAGAAAUUCUUCGUUACAAUACGCAAUACGUAGACGUACAAUAUCGUCUAUAAGAACGGGAAAAGAAGAAAUCGGUUGUUCGAAUGUUGAAGAUGAUAAUGAGGUUUUACCAUAUGACCCUAGAAUAUUUCCAUUAACGGAAGAAGUUUAUGAUAAAAUGAUCCAAAGUAUGCCCGAUGGACAUUGGCAGUCAACGACGUCCGCUUUGUGUCCACGGGUGACGGAUAAAGAACCCGAUGAUGAUAUAGAUCCGCCGUCGCCGGGAUCAGAUACAACAGAGUCAGCAUAUUGUGAUGCCGACGGUGAAGACCCAAAUGAUCCCGAGUGGACAGUUGGGGAUGAGAGAGAUAAUGAAAAAGAAAGAAUACGCUUAACGACCAAGAGAUAGGAGAUGUUAAUAAUAAUUAAUAUUAUAAUUAUCAUUAAUACUUAUCGUGAUUAAUUGUCUUAUGUUUAAUUUAGAGGAGAGAAGAAAAGAAAAGAAAAAAACGUUACUAUCUAUUUAAAAUUUAAAAGUAUAAAUAAAGUAAUUUAAUAAAUAGUAACAAAAAAAAAAAAUUGAAAAUAAAAUUUAAAAAAAUUGGAUACCUGUCAAUUGUUAUAUAAUGUCUAGGUAAAAAAAAAGUAAUUAAAAAAAAUGUGACAUGCACCUUAAGUUAGUAUUAAUAUGUAAAGUGUAUUAUAAAUAUAAAUUUUAUAACUUCAUUUAAUCGCUUAAAUUAAUAAGAGAGAUGGGAGGAUCAAAUAAUUAAAUUUAAAUUUUAAUAUUUAAGUAUAUAUAUAUAUAAAUAAAAUUAUAAAUAUUAAUAUUAAUAAUUAUAAUAUUGAUAAUAUGCCGCGGGCUUAUUUUUCUUGUCGUAAUGUGUUAAAACGAAUAAUAAUAAUAUUAAUUAAUAAUUUUAAACCAAUUAAUUGAAUAAUUAAAUUAAAUUAAUAGCGAACAAUAUGAGU